GUUGCAUUGCUUUGCUUUGCAUUGAUUUGCCUUGUGUUUUGUUUUGUUGUGUUGUGUUGGAUUAGCUUGCUUGCUUGCUUAGUUUGUGUCUUGGCUCUCUCGCUACCAUUCCUGGUCUCUCCUCCAAACAGCACAAGGAGGAGGAGUCGUAGGGGUGGUGGUGGUUCUCGCCACUAUUCUUCACUCUGUUGCUCUUGUGCAACGCUCAUUGUCUUCGCUUCCCAUGCUCAUACUGCUUCUGCGACCGCUUUUUCUUCUCCGUGCCUCUUUCCCGUCUUAUUCUUCCUUCCUCGUCCUCUUCUCCGGUUCUCUCACUUUCUCUUUCUGCUGCUUUCGUCUUUGUGAAUUAGUGAGGACGACCACUCAAGCUUCUCUGCCUUAUCAUUGGCCCACUCGUACCGCUCCUGGCUGUAUGUUGUGGUGUGCUGCUUGUGUGUGUGGUUAUUUUAUUUUUGUUUUUUUUCCUCCCAUUUCGGUGUCGCGCUCGAAGGCUCAUGUCUUUCGAGAGUUAUAAUCGCGGAAUCGAAUCUCUGCUCUUUGAUAAAGUGCACAACUCCGCCUCCCUCCCCUGGUCAAUUGUCUUCGUUUUUGUUUUUUAAUCUAAAUUAAUGGAGUCGUUGAUGCCUUACUAGUUGGAAUAAAGCGUAUUAUUAUCAUGUGGCAGCCUCGAUGGAUUAGUCCCGGAUCUCCUGUCAACCUCUCAGGGAAUUUCGUCCUAUUGUUUCAAGUUUCACUGGAAUCAUCAUUUUUCUGACUGCGGUUUCAGGAAUAGUUCUGCUUUCAUACAGUAAUCGAAGCAGUAGACAACUUCAGUGGCGCUGGAUAGACCAUCACGGCAACGUCCAAAUUAAUCCAGUACAUUUUGCAGUAGUCGGUUUUGCCAUAUGUGGUCGAAGGGGUGGGACGACAAACUCACCUUCUCCGUGGGAUAGCAGGGUGUACGGCGGAGGCAGUAGCAUUAGGUAUUAGGAGUUACUCAUGUAGUACUUGCUGUGCCACAUUUCCUUCAUGCAGUCAGUCCUGCAGUAUCACUCGCCUCUUGUUUUAAGACGCCAGCUUCCACUACCAAGCUUCUUUUAAGCCUCGCGACGGUGCUUUCUUGGUAUUCCAAAUGCUCUUCUACAUAUGUGUGCCGAUCUUCUUCCAUCAUGUCGGCAACAGACUCAGAAACUGUCAGAUCUUCGGCUUUCAAACCUCAGAAUGCGUCACUCAAGGUGAUUCUGUUGCUGGCAUAUCAGAGCUUCGGAGUGAUAUAUGGCGAUUUAAGUACAUCACCUCUAUACGUCUACCGCAGCACAUUUGCAGGGAAGCUUCGAAUGCACGAAAAUGAUGAUGAGAUUCUGGGGGUUCUGUCCUUCAUCAUUUACACACUCACGAUUAUUCCAGUCAUCAAGUACGUCUUCAUUGUCUUGGCCGCGGAUGACAAUGGCGAAGGUGGAACAUUUGCUCUCUAUUCUCUUCUAUGUCGGCAUGCGAAGUUAAGUCUGUUGCCAAAUCAACAAGCAGCCGAUGAGGAAUUAUCUACUUACAAGUUGGAAGCGCCGCAAGAAUCAAAUCGCGACAUAUGGAUGAAGAAGAUACUUGAGAAACAUCAAAAGCUUCGGACGGUGCUACUAAUAGUAGUCCUGUUGGGGACCUGUAUGGUUAUAGGGGACGGUGUUCUCACCCCUGCCAUCUCUGUGUUGUCAGCGGUAUCUGGGAUUCAAGUUGCGGCACCUGAUCUUCAUGACCAUGUUAUUAUUCUAGUGUCAUGCAUCAUCCUGGUGGGGUUAUUUGCACUUCAACAUUAUGGUACGCACCGGGUUGCCUUUAUAUUUGCUCCCGUUGUGAUCGCGUGGCUCUUCUGCAUCUCCAGCAUCGGCGUCUACAACGUCGUCACAUACAACCCCCAUAUAUGGCGAGCACUAUCCCCCUACUAUAUGUACAACUUUUUUAAAAAAUGCGGAAAGGACGGUUGGGUGUCUCUCGGUGGCAUCGUUUUAUGCAUCACAGGGACGGAGGCCAUGUUUGCAGAUCUUGGCCACUUCACCCCGCUCUCAAUUAAGAUUGCCUUCGGGGGUGUGGUAUACCCUUGUUUGUUGUUAGCAUACAUGGGCCAGGCUGCGUUUUUGUCUAAGCAUCGAGACGACAUUUCAAGGAGUUUUUACAAGUCAAUUCCGAAGCCUGUCUUCUGGCCUGUCUUUUGCGUAGCAACACUGGCAGCAAUCGUCGGGAGUCAGGCUGUCAUAUCUGCAACAUUCUCGGUUGUGAAACAAUGUUUAUCUCUUGGUUUUUUUCCAAGAGUAAAAGUUGUGCACACUUCCAAACAAAUAUACGGCCAGGUUUACAUUCCUGAGAUCAACUGGAUGUUGCUGGUACUAUGCUUGGCUGUAACUGUUGGAUUCCGAGAUACCAUCACCAUCGGCAAUGCUUACGGUCUUGCAGUGAUGACGGUGAUGCUUGUUACUACCUGUUUGAUGACACUGGUAAUCCUAAUAGUUUGGAGGCGUAGCAUCGUACUGGCUGCGUGUUUCCUCCUAUUUUUUGGCUCAAUCGAAGCUGUGUACAUUUCUGCAAUGUAUAUCAAGGUGCCGGAAGGAGGAUGGGUUCCGCUACUGCUCUCUCUAGUAUUCAUGAGCAUCAUGCUUGUAUGGCAUUACGGGACGACAAAAAAAUAUGAGUUCGACCUGCAGAACAAAGUCAGUAUGAAGUGGAUACUCACGCUUGGCCCUAGCUUGGGUAUCGUCCGUGUUCCAGGGAUCGGUCUAAUAUACACUGAGCUGGUAACAGGUGUUCCGGCCAUUUUUUCCCACUUUGUCACAAAUUUGCCAGCAUUUCAUCAAGUUCUAGUUUUCGUCUGCAUCAAAUCUGUGCCAGUGCCAUAUGUACCCCAACAUGAGCGCCAUCUCAUUGGAAGAAUUGGUCCGAAGGGUUACCGAAUGUACAGGUGUGUAGUUCGUUAUGGGUAUAAGGAUGUCCACAAAGAUGACAAUGACUUCGAAAACCAACUGAUAGUCAAUCUUGCUGAGUUUAUCCGCACUGAAGCUGAGGUGACAUAUCUGCCUUCUAGCAGCGAAGUUACAGCCGAAGUUGUAGCCGAUGAGAGGAUGACUGUCAUGGGAAACACUCCGUCGUCACGGAUCUUAAAUGUCUUUGGAACUGGCUCCGACUUCGAACAGAGUUCCGUCUCUGUACCUACGCGGGUUUCGCCCCUAGGAAGCUUCCAGAUCACUGAAGAAAAUGAGGCCAUUCGAGCAGGUUGCAAGAAACGCGUUCGAUUCGAGAUAUCCAAGAGUCCGGAUUUAGACCCAGCUGUUCGGCAAGAGCUUCAGGAACUCAUAGAAGCAAAGGAAGCAGGUGUAGCGUAUGUCCUGGGGCAUUCUUAUGUGAAGGCCAAGAAAUCCUCGUCCAUUAUUAAGAGAUUUGCGAUUGACGUUGCGUACACGUUCCUGAGACGGAACUGCAGAAGGUCCGCAGUAGCACUAAGCAUUCCGCACAUCUCCCUCGUAGAAGUUGGGAUGAUUUACUACGUAUAGCUGUUUAUUUAGUAGCAAAAUCAUCAUAUGGUAAUGUAUAUCACUUUGGUCAGUACAGUAGCCUUUUGUCUCCCUGAGUUGUUUCACAUCAUUUUACUUCGAGUUUUGCUGGAGAAUGCGUAAGCUCUUGUAAUUUCAAUCUAGUUGCAGGCUAUAUGAGUUCUAAUCAGCAAUGAUGCUAGAAUAGCAACGUCCGUGGCGUAUUAUGAGGAACCAUCGAUUCCUACACGGACUGCAAUCUGGCAAACAAAUAGGCCGCCUUGUUGCAAAGUAAGGACUGAGAACUUAACAAUGGACAUGUUGAAAUGUCUGAAACCUUUUCUUUCCAA